ACAAGAGCAGCUAGCAAAAUGUCUCACGAUGGAAUGUCCAGAGAAGAAUACGAGGAGUACCAGAAGCAGAUGGUGGAGGAAAAGAUGGAGAGAGAUGCAGAAUAUGCUACAAGGAAGGCAGAAAGGGCUUGUUUGAGGACUUGUUUAAGAGAAAAAUAUCGACUUCCAAAGAGUGAACAGGAUGAGAUUAUGAUCCAGCAGGCCGGAGAUGACAUUGACGUGCCAGAGGAACUGGUCAAGAUGGUGGAUGGAGAGGCGCCGCAGGAGGAGGAAAAGGAGUCCAUCAUGGGUCAGAUGCAGAACCUUCAGAACAUGGAUAUGGGGCAACUCAAAGAAAAGGCUCAGGCCACAUUUGUGGAGAUGAAGUCCAAGGCCGAAGAGAAGUGCACUCUUAUGUAAAGCGC